ACCGCAAAUCUCUAUCCCCAACACGCACUGGCACAGUGGCACCGCCCACUCAGCUGCCUUCUUACCAUGUCCUCCUGGCCGAUAUAUAAACACCUCUCGCGUGCCGGUAUGCAGUAGCAACAUCUCUGACCGAGAGAGAGCCCGAGAUAUUGGCCUGGCCCCGUGACCUGCCUUGCCUAUCUCUAGCCGCCCACUCCAUCUCUCGAGCGGUCGAUUGGCUUGUGCUAGCUGCGUGCCCAGAUCGUGCCAUGAAGGUGCAGUGCGACGUGUGCGAGGCCGAGGCGGCCUCAGUCUUCUGCUGCGCCGACGAGGCCGCGCUGUGCGACGCGUGCGACCGCCGCGUCCACCGCGCCAACAAGCUCGCCGGCAAGCACCGCCGCCUGUCCCUCCUCCACCCGUCUCCGUCCUCGCCCUCCUCGUCGCCUUCGUCAAAGCCGCCUCUCUGCGACAUCUGCCAGGAGAAGAGGGGGUUCCUGUUCUGCAAGGAGGACAGGGCGAUCCUGUGCCGGGAGUGCGACGUCCAGGUGCACACGGUCAGCGAGCUGACGAGGCGGCACGGCCGGUUCCUGCUCACCGGCGUGCGCGUCUCGUCGGCGCCGGCGGAGUCCCCCGCGCCGUCGGGUCAGGAGGAGGAAGAAGGGAACAGCACCAGCCCCUGCAACGCCGACUCCUGCAGCGGCGACGCCAGUGGCACGGCGAGCGCCAGCGCGACCGCGAACGACGGCAGCAGCAUCUCCGAGUACCUAACCAAGACGCUGCCCGGGUGGCACGUCGAGGACUUCCUCCUGGACGACGCCGCCGCCUCGGCCGCCGUCGCCGUCUCCUCAAACAAGCCGUAUCAGCAGGUAGGGCUGGCUCGGAUCGGUGGGCCGCAAGAAGGGUACCCGGCGUGGGCGGGCCAGGAGCAGCUGAUCGGUGGAGUCGUUGUCGCCGCGGGUGAGCGGGCCAGCCGCGAGCUGUGGGUACCGCAGAUGCACGCGGGGGCGGCGUGGACCGGCAGCAAGCGACCUCGGCCGUCGUCUCUCGGCUCCUCCUCCUACUGGUGAAAACGUGCGCUUUCCAGUACUAGUACUAGUAGCGGAUAAAAUCAGAUAAGAUCAGAAAAAUGACCUGGACCAUGAAUUUUUGUUUGAUCUGUAGCUGCUCGCUUUGAAAUCUACUGCCAUUUUUUUACUU